CUCACUGCAACCUCCAUCUUCUGAGGUUCAAGUGAUUCUCAUGCCCCAGCCUCCCGAGUAGCUGGGAUUACAGGUGCCCAGCACCACAUCCAGCUAAUUUUUGUAUUUUUAAGUAGAGAUGGGCUUUUGCCAUGCUUCCCCAGCUGGUCUUGAACUCCUGGCCUCAAGUGAUCCUCCUGUCUCGGCCUCCCAAAGUGCUGGGAUUACAGGCUUGAGCCACUGCACCCAGCCAGAAUUUUAGAUUUUUUUAAAUCCGUGGUUGAAAAAUAGGCUAUGGCUGGCUUACUCAUUGUGCUUUAGGGAAGCAUAUAUUUGAGUGAAGGAAAUGAUAAAAGGAAUUUCAUGUCGGGCCCAGGUGCCGCCCGCCCUGCAGGACAGUUUACAGAUGCCUGCCCUGACAGCUGUCUGCAGUUAGCCAGCGUCGGCCGAGGGGUCCUGAGAUCUGCUGAAGGCCGCCUUCGCAUGCCGACGGCGAGGGAAAAGUGCCACCUGCCCCUGGGCCUGCCACAGGUGACCUUUGGAUGGGACUAUUCUCCAGACAGCGCAGCUCGUCUUUCCAGAACAUUCAUGGGGAGUGUGCCUGUGUCUGGCUGGCUGUGUGGGCUCCUGUUCAGUUCAUUCCUCUUCUUCAGCCUUUAGGCAUGACCCUAAAGGCAGAGGUCUUGAGCACUUGCCAGGGGUGAGCCAGCGGUGGGGGCGCCCCUGCCAGGGCAGGCCUGCUGUGGGGCUUGGUCAGCAGGUCUUCUUCCCACACGCAGGAUUUCCUCCCGUUCACUGCCUCUGCCCACAGGCGACCUUUGUCUUUUAAAGGAAUUGGGGUCCCUCGGUGCCGCCACAAACUGAGUUCCCUCUUUCCUUUCUGCAUCCUUUCUGCUUGCCUGCAUGUGCAUGCAGCAUCAUGACCGCUGGGAAGACACUUCCCUGCGCCUGCACACUGUCUGCAGGUGUCUCUGGCCAUCCUGGGCUGAGGUGCGUGAUCUCGGGUAGCGGCCCCUCGUUCACCCGUACAGGAUGUCUUUGGAAUUGGUCUCUAGUGUCCUUUAUAAAUAACCGGUAUAAAAGAAGCCCCAGGCGAUGGCCUUGCAGAAAGCCCACACUUCAGAGCUGGGCUGGUGUCCAGCGCGAGAAGCCUGAGGCCGUCCUGAGCUGGAAGCCGCGUCCUGGUUCUGUGGGGCCGUCCUUCCCGGACAACUGGCUGGGGGGCACAAGACUCUGGUGGCUGACAACAGGCCCACCUGCUUGGCCUCCCUCUUGUCCUUCCGUACACGGCCCUCUGAACGGGACUCACUCCCUCUGAGGCCCACGUGUGACAAAGAUGCGCAGUUCUCACCAUGGAACUCUUCAGCCCUGCAGUUCUCCCGAAGGUGAAUGAGGGCGUCCCAGAGUCCCCAUCAGGAGACAGAUGAUGCCGUGUUCCCAGCAUCCCCAGAGCCCUCCCAGGCGCGCAGGUCUCCUGCCUGCAAACAGAGCUCCCGGCACGAGCCCCUCCACACUUCUGGGAAGAGUGUCUUCAGCCGACCAGGCCGGAGCCAGGGGAAGAGACCGAGGGAAGAGGCUCCAAGAACCCCUGGCUGGGGGGGACAGGGACUCAAAGCUGGGACUGGCACCUCUCACAUGCCAGCACCCAUGGGGUCAGAACUGGUCAUGCUGCUGGAGUGGUGGUCCUGCACGGAGUGCACGCUGUUCACGGACCAGGCCACAGUAGAGCGCUUUGGGAAGGAGCACGCGGUCAUCAUCCUCAACCACAACUUCGAGAUCGACUUCCUCUGUGGGUGGACCAUGUGUGAGCGCUUCGGAGUGCUGGGGAGCUCCAAGGUCCUCGCUAAGAAGGAGCUGCUCUACGUGCCCCUCAUCGGCUGGACGUGGUACUUUCUGGAGAUCGUGUUCUGCAAGAGGAAGUGGGAGGAGGACCGGGACACCGUGGUCGAAGGGCUGAGGCGCCUGUCCGACUACCCCGAGUACAUGUGGUUUCUCCUGUACUGCGAGGGGACGCGCUUCACGGAGACCAAGCACCGCGUCAGCAUGGAGGUGGCGGCUGCUAAGGGGCUUCCCGUCCUCAAGUACCACCUGCUGCCGCGGACCAAGGGCUUCACCACCGCGGUCAAGUGCCUCCGGGGGACAGUCGCAGCUGUCUAUGACGUAACCCUGAACUUCAGAGGAAACAAGAACCCGUCCCUGCUGGGGAUCCUCUAUGGGAAGAAGUACGAGGCGGACAUGUGCGUGAGGAGAUUUCCUCUGGAAGACAUCCCGCUGGAUGAAAAGGAAGCAGCUCAGUGGCUUCAUAAACUGUACCAGGAGAAGGACGCGCUCCAGGAGAUAUAUAAUCAGAAGGGCAUGUUUCCAGGGGAGCAGUUUAAGCCUGCCCGGAGGCCGUGGACCCUCCUGAACUUCCUGUCCUGGGCCACCAUUCUCCUCUCUCCCCUCUUCAGUUUUGUCUUGGGCGUCUUUGCCAGCGGGUCACCUCUCCUGAUCCUGACUUUCUUGGGGUUUGUGGGAGCAGCUUCCUUUGGAGUUCGCAGACUGAUAGGAGUAACUGAGAUAGAAAAAGGCUCCAGCUACGGAAACCAAGAGUUUAAGAAAAAGGAAUAAUUAAUGGCUGUGACUGAGCACACGUGGCCUGACGGUGGUAUCCAGUUAACUCAAUUAAAACCAGAGCAACACACAGAGUGGAGGAAAAGACAAUUAGAAACUAUUUUUCUUAUUAACUGGUGACUAAUAUUAACAAAACUUGAGUCAAGAGUAAAGAAUUCAGAAGGCCUGCCAGGUGAAGUCUUCAGCCUCCCACAGCGAAGGGUCCCAGCAUCUCCACGCGUGCCCGUGGGAGGUGGGUCCGGCCGGAGAGGCCUCCCUCGGAUGCCGUCUCUCCAGAACUCCGCUUCCAAGAGGGAGCCUUUGGCUGCUUUCUCUCCUUAAACUUAGAUCAAAUUUUUUGUUUUUUAAUCAGUUAUUUUGGGAACUUAACCUGGCCCUUCACCUCUUCUGCACCCCCCCGAAACUGUCUCGUAAUGAAUUUCUGCUGUCCUCCUGGGAGUGGACGGCCGGGUCCCGUCCCCCGGGAGCAUCACUUGGCUUAGCACCUUGGCUCCCAGUGGGGGCCCCGUGGAGAGCGCCCGUAGUGAUAAGCACACCGGCAUGAACAUCAGGUCGAUUCCUCGAAGUCAGAGCCCUCACUCUGCCCUGUCCUGGGGCUGGCUGAGGGCGAACGCCCAACCUUACUUUCUAGAGCCCUGUCUACCCUAGCUCCUGUUUGACCCUGUGUGUAAAUACGUACAUCUGUUUUUAAAGUGGAUGGACCCCUGAGAACUCAGUGAAAUGCAGAGUUCUCCAUGCACCUAAAGCUCCUUUGUCCUUCUCAUGGCUGUCAGACCCUGGUCCCUCCACACUGGGUGCUGGGGAGGGAGGACCCUCAGGGCUACCGCGUGCCCCCCCGUCCCACAGAUCAGGAACCAAGGAGGGAAGACAGGGCAGCCUGUGGGACUCUAGGAUGCUUCAGAAGAAGCGAGGGCACCGUCAACCCUCUGUUUUUUAAAGGUGGUUGGAGACUGUUAACACUGAGCUCAUUGGCUUCUAGAGAUUUUAUUUUUGCUGGUUGAUCUCUUGGUGGUUUUCAACUUCCUGCUGGAAACUAGAGAUGGGGCACCUCCCACCCCCCAGCCUCGCACUGUGUCCUUGGGGAGGGCCUGCCCCCAUCUUGGCCAGUGUCACUGGGGCCCGGCCACCCCUGAGCGCCCAGCUCCCUGCCUCCUGGACGUCUCUGAGAGUCCAGGCAGAGCAGAGGGCAGCGCUCGGCCGGUCAUGGGGGCUCCCUCGGCCUCAGAGCUAGCCCCUGGCCCACGCCGAGUGAGGGACGCUUCUCCCUACAGCAUGUCCACUCCCCCGGCGUGGCCGGGUGGAGCCCCUGGGGCAGUGGCAGUGGUAGAAAGCUCAACUUGGUUGCGGUACCAUCAGCCCACCUGCAUUUGGCUUUCAACUUGCUUGUUCUAAGUCACACCCCCCUCAUCUUUUUAGCAAGGGAAAAAAACAAAAAUGGGUGUUAUCUCUGAUAUAUUGUAACCAGCAUUCCGAAUAGAGGUAGGUUGAGUUUUCUAGGGGAAUACAAGUGGAGAAAAGAGGCAUGAAGAAAAGUAAACCGAGAACAUAAUUAGGCAUCAGGCCUAAGUGUCCUGGGGAGAUUGGAGGGGACGGCUGCAUUCUGCAUGACGGAGGCACUGCCGGGCCCCAGGUCUGUGGGGGCUGUGCUCUAGGGGCGUGUGCGGGACACCACCUGUGCACACCUGCUCAGAGCACGGCUCCUCACGGGGGUGAAGGGGCAGACCAACAAAACCAGAUGAGACCAACAAAAUCAGGCAAGACACGCUUGCAGACACUGUUGUUUUGGAAAUGUGCUUCCCUCCAUCUGAAAUCUCAUCCCUCCACCCGCCCACUCGGGCAGCUGUGCUGUGAGCAGGGCACGCGCUCCCCUGGCUGAGCACCCCAGAGAUUCUCCUGCACCUUCCUCACGCUGCACGCUGCUCAUCCGUCUCCGUGUGUGUCUAGAUCCACGCCAUUCACUGACUCACUAACACCUGCAAAAUCUUUAAGGAAAAAAGCUGAAGGGUACGACCAUGCACAUAUGUGACCUGGAAAAUGCAAAUUUCGAUCUUUUAUGAUUUAAUUAAUAGUUAUUGUUUCCCACAGAAGUUCCCUCCCUUUGAAAUUAAUAUAUAAUGUAGAGAUUCCACACCGAGCCAUGGUGGGGCUGGGCAGCCCCUAGGUUCGAGUGGAGACGGAGGCCCAGGCGCAGGGGUCACACCUCAUCUGCUUUCCUUCCCAUCUCACAGCUUAGCUUGUGCAUCUCAACACCAGGCCUUUAAGAGCAAUAAAAACUACACCAUGAA